UUGAGGUCAGAGUUGGUUCAAGAUCUAGAUAACUGCUGCUGCGUGAUGUCUUCUUCUACUGCUCUAUUUGUGUUCGUUUAUGUCUCCGUAGUUCACACUUAUCGACUGUAUAUACCCAAAUUAUCGAAGAUUAUUCUGAAGAAAUUCAAGUUGCUGUGUGUAGAAAAUGAGGACAAGAAAAGGGAACUACAAGAUCUUCUGGAUCAGCAAUCUAACAUCAAUAUGAAAGAAGAAUUUGCAAAGUAUGCAAAAGUUGAACGGAAAAUCAUUAAACUCAAAGAGGAAUUGAAAUCAUUAAAAAAUUCACAAGUUGCAACAAGAUUUACUGUCAGCUGGGGGCUCACAUUAGCUUUGAACACAGUCUAUAGUAUUUUCAUGAUUGGCCUGAUCUGGACCUAUCGAUAUGAACCUGUCAUUCUCUUAGAGGAGGAGUGGACCUGGCCUUUAGGGCGGAUCCUGGCCUUCCCAUGUGGGGUUCCUGGAGCUAUAGGUAUCACUGCCUGGCUGGCUGUGUGCUCAGCAAUGAUUGCAAGGUUACAGGAAUCUGUCAAGAGCUUUGUGCCAGGGGAGAGGACAAUCCCAAAGGCUUCUUGAAGGAACACAGAUUGAAGUUCUAGGAUUAAGUCAGGUACACUGUGAAGACAUCAGGGACUUGCUACAGUUUCAUGACCUUGAUGUCUGAUUGAUCUUUGUGUCCUCAAACCAUAGGCUGAAUGUGUCUACAAGCAUUAUCUUCAAGAUCUCUUGUAUUGAAGGGCUAGAAUGGCUUCAGUGAUAGUAGAAGAAUUUGCUUUCAACAGAAUGAGAGGUAUACUGUCUCUUUUCUUAGUGCAACAUAGAUGAUAGCUUUAGACAAUAUAGAAUUCAUUACCUAUCUACAAAUAAAACAUGAUACAUGUUCACUGUACACAGUGCUUGGAGAGAGCGUCCAGUGAAAAAUCCAGGUUCUGAACCGGUAUAGUCAGCCUGCAGCACAAAUACUUUUUUUGUGUCAAUAAUUUUUAAUGGUAAAUGAGUUUAUUGUCCACAUCCAUUUCCUAUCCCAUUGGCAUUAACCACUUGUUCAGCUAAUUUAAAAUGUGUGCAUAUAUAUUCACUAUUUUCCUGUUUGGGGCUGAUUGAAGGGGAGGGGAUACCUAUCAAAACUGUUUUCAAAUUCAUUAGGAUCUGAUUUUCUUGCCAUUUUGCCUCAUUAGAACAAGCAAUUUGAAUAUGGAACUACAUGUAAAUAACUAUUAUGUCUUAAGUGGCCAAGUCAUCAUUCAUUUUUUGUAUAGCAUUUUGAAAUGUGCAAUGUAUGUCACCAGUUAAAAAAAAAUUAAAUAAGGUGCUUGUUUUGUCAGGUAUGGGUGACACUACGUGGAUAGAUUGGUGAGAUAUAUAUAUGUUCAGAGUUUGCUUACUUACUAUCUUACUUAAUCAUCUUCACACUUGUCAGUGGCUAAGGCCUCCACUGUGACUUGAGCACCAGUUUCUUCUGUUCUGUGCAAAUAUUCCCGGCCCAUUCUGGGUUUGGUUUAUUGGCUUCAUCUUCUGUCCUAUAAUUUUCCUCAAUGUCUCUUCUGGUCUUGUCCUCAUUCAGAGUUUACAUUUCUUCAUAUCCCCAAAAUGGUCACAAAGAUAGGGACAGAAACUUUUGACGUCAUAAUGGGUUCAUUUAAACUUCAUUAUGAUGUGAUAGUAAUGAGAUAAUGCCAUGAGUUUGUCCGCAAAAAGUGGCAGUAAAUUGACUAUUCUAUGAGGGGAAAUAGGUGUAUUUCUGAAUGUGCUUGGCUUGGGUUCCAUACAAGAAAAUAAUCAUGCUAAGUGCCUUGUUUUAUUUCCCAGUUCUACAAAGUUUGUGCGGUGAAAAAUCAAUCAAGCAUCUUUAUGGAAAAACAAUUAUGAGGAAUGCUAGCAAACUAGGCUGUUUCUGGGCUGUGGUCGAAGAGAAGAAAGCAAGCAAGGGAAUUCGGUGUAGACUGAGGAACCAGAAACUACUUUUAAACCUAAAUUAUGAUGCAGGGUACUUAGAUAAAAAAAACUUUGCGAAACACAGCUACUAAAUAAUAUAUAUUUAAAUAAUACAGGGUUGCAUAUUAUUUUGGUCCUAACCAUUUUGUUACAUAGUAUGCUUUUUAAUUGAUCUAUAUUUUGAAUUGGUUUAAUAAACAGAAUUUAAGUUUUGGUAUUAGAAUCACAAGACUUAAUGAAAGUCUAGGUUUUAAUAGGGUUAUUGAAAACUUUGAAAACCAAAAAUAAAUGACAAUCCUGAUUUCGGAUGAAUUUGUACUGUCUGUCGUAAUUUUUAUCAUACUAGACUGAUGGAACCGAUUAUUAUGUGAAAGCCGUUAUAAAGCCAUUUCAAAAUUGAAUACAAUUCAAUUUCCCAUGGUGAGGGACUUGUAUUACCCUUUAAGAUAUAAAGCCAUUUCAAAAUUGAAUACAAUUCAAUUUCCCAUGGUGAGGGACUUGUAUUACCCUUUAAGAAAAAAAUUUUCUUAGGAUUCUGAAAGACAUUUAUUCCAUUUGUUAACAGAUCUUUAUCACGCGUGUUAGAAGGAAUAUUUAAAAGGCCUCCUUGAAAGUAAACACACUAGGAGAUUUCUAUUCACAAAUGACAGGGAUAAUGGUCUGUUUCUGCUUGAUUAUGAAAUUGAAAGUCAUGUAUAAUCUUGAGUUUCCAUGAAUAAUGCCAGGCAUAGAAGCAGUGAGUAAUAAUUACAACAUGUCUUUGAAGUCAGGAUGAAUUAUAAUUUCGGGAUCAUCAUAUGAUUAGUUCUUUAAUUAUUUAAUCAAGUCAAACUUGAAGUAAUAAAAAAAUUGCCAGCACAAAUUUACCACACAUGGGGACGUGCAUUGAUUCAACCAUUCGAAUAUAAAUGCCUUACUCAUUGUUAAUUACUUAGCAACAUUGCAUUGUUAUGAAUCAUUAAUACCAACACUUUCAGAUUAUCUUGUAAAGUUCUGUUGAAAUUCGUAUUGUGAUAGUAACAACCAGUAGCAUUGUUCUAUGUGUUCUUACAAAUGCAAAAUUGCAAAGACUUUAUCAUUGCAUGUAUCUUGCAAUAUGCUAUUUGUAAGUUUAAGCUUUGCUAACUUUGAAAACAUUUCUCCUUCUGACGUCUAUCCUCUUUUUAUACCCUUCAUCAAUCAUAUGCAAGUUAUUCUGAAUAAUUAAAAGGGAUAGUGGUGAAGAGACAAUGAACUUGAUACAUUGUUAUUUUGAGACAUGACUUGAUUUGAAGAAUAUAUUUUCUAAAUAUCUGGAGCAGAAUUUAUCAUGAAAAACUGGACAAUUAUUUCCUAAAUAGUAAACAUCAAUCUAUUAUAAUUUUUUGAUGCCAAAUUUCUAGAAAUGAAUACAGUAAAUAAAUAUUGUUCGUCUUUUGUGAUGGAUUGAGCUAAAAA